AUGGACCUCACCUUCACCGUGAACGAGGAGGUCUUCGGACAGGUGACGGAGAGGGAGCUGAAGUCGGGCGGGGCCAACGUUCAGGUGACGGAGAAGAACAAGAAGGAGUACAUUGAGCGGAUGGUGAAGUGGAGGGUGGAGCGAGGGGUUGUGCAGCAGACUGAGGCGCUGGUGCGCGGCUUCUAUGAGGUGGUCGACUCUCGCCUGGUUUCGGUGUUCGACGCCAGAGAGCUGGAGCUGGUCAUCGCCGGAACUGCGGAGAUCGACCUGAACGACUGGAGGAACAACACUGAGUACAGAGGGGGCUACCACGACGGGCACAUGGUGAUCCGCUGGUUCUGGGGGGCGGUGGAGCGCUUCAAUAACGAGCAGCGGCUGCGCCUGCUGCAGUUUGUGACGGGCACGUCCAGCGUCCCGUACGAGGGCUUCUCCUCGCUGCGCGGGAGCAACGGCCUGCGCCGCUUCUGCAUCGAGAAGUGGGGCAAGAUCACCGCCCUGCCCAGGGCACACACCUGCUUUAACCGGCUGGACCUCCCGCCCUACCCCUCCUACACCAUGCUGCACGAAAAGCUACUGAUCGCCGUGGAGGAAACCAGCACCUUUGGCCUGGAGUGAACGGGACGGGACAGGACGGGACGGGGGGGGAAGCCCCCCCCCCCAUUUUUUGUGUCUUCGUUCAGUGGACUGGAAGCAAAUUCCCUUUUUUUCAUAUGAGUAUCAUUUUUAACUGAGAGUUACCUCUUUUUUUACAAUCUGUAUAUGACGUGUAAUUUGGGAAACAAAACAACGACAAAAAAUAACUUGCAUGUACUGUGUAAUUCACCUGUUGUAAUGUAAUUUUUUUUGUUUUUUGGUUUCUUGGGGGUACGAAACGUUAUGUACCGACAUGUAUGCAAUAUUUAAUAUUUAAUACCUGGUGCCAGCCUGCAGCGCCUUGACUACCACCAAUAUUACUACCCACAAUGCAAUACUGGACGCCCCAAAGCAAGUUUGCCGCUUUGUGCAAAAUGACAUCCUGUCAAAGAUGUUUAUUGAUGGGAACCACAGCUGAAUUCGCCGUGGCUGUCAAAGAACGUUCAGUGAUUUUCGAAGAAAGCUUUUUUGUUUGGCUUGUCAAAAGUUUUUUUUUUUUUUUUUUUUCCAGAAUAUGGAGGAUUUUAUUUUUUUAGGCUGUGUGUCCCAUUUACAGUUAAAGUCACAGUGAGCCAGACAGAAGUUAGACCAGCACUAGCGUCCGCUAUAUGACACAUACGCAACCAAAACAAAUCUUUCAAGGGGGGGGUGAUUUUUGAAGGGCGGGGAGUCGAUUUGAUUGAUGUCGAAUGAGGAGGGGGAGGAAUGCGUGCCCUUGCGUGAAAGGACAGUAAUUGGAGCAGAACGGAAAUUUGACAGACACUUGAUCGACGUUGACGGCCGCUGGUACUCGUUUUCCAGGAAGUGGAGGGAAAAAAAACCCUUGAAGUGAAAAUACACAAGUAUAUUGGUAUUUUAUUAUUUUUGGACUAUGUACUUUUAGGCAUGUUCGUGUAGUUAUUGAGAAUUGACCAAAUUGAUGAGAAAGCUCAGUUUGAUUUCACUGUGACUUUUAAGUGGAGCGCGCUGUGUUAUCGGCAGACCUGGGUCAAAUACGUAUUUUGUUUUGGAUUGAAAAUACUUUUCUACGCUUUUCUGAUCUUGUCUGGUGUAUUGGAACCAAUGAAAUACUCUCAAAAAAAGUGCAGAACCCUGGCCUUCUGGUCAUAUCGGCAGGCUCAGUUUACACCAGGCAAGAUCAACAGAGCACAGAUAAGUAUUUGACCCAGAUCUGGUUAUCACAGAGCAUUGCCUCCAUGGCUUUGAGAGCCUGGGUGUGUCUUGCCUGGGGAACUCCCGGGGCGUUGUCGUUGUGGACAUGCAGUGCAGAAAUUAGGGGGAAUAAGAGCUUCUCUCUUAUCAGCAGUGGCUACUCAGUGAAGCCCUGCACUGAGGUCUGGGAGAUGGGAAUGUUCUUCUUCUGUGGCCUCCCAGUGUUAAUUCAGCUGCAAGGCUGCUCAGCCUUGGUCAUUAUAAGCCUUUAUAACCCGUUAUAACCCUCGUCCUGGAAGGUCACAGCAUCUGCAGGGGUGCUUAACCCUGGUCUUGGGAGGUUUCAGCAUCUGCAAGGGUGGGAUUCAACCACUACAUCACAUUUAUUUAGCAGACGCUUUUAUCCAAAGCGACUGACAACGAGUGCAUACCGAAGGUCAUUGGAACAACUAUAAAACACAGGUCCGAAAAGGUACAAUACUCUUUGUGUAACAGCUAUUCAUAGACAUGAACACAUCAAGUCCAGUUCACACAGUAAGCAUAGGCUAGGUCAGAAAGGUAUGGUAAGUCAAACUGGGAGGCAUGACGACGGGCUACAGCAUCAAAAUAACGAUACAAGUGCAAUAUAAGUGCUGGAUGGAGGUGCAAGUGUAACAUAAAAGUGCUGCAGGAACAAAUUGACGGAUUAAAGUGAUAAGAGCGAUCCUAGAUUGGGAGUGCCCUGCAGAGCAGUGACAGUUAGUCCAGGUACAGUCUGAAGAGAUGCACCUCCCUUGUGGGGCCACAGCACCUGCAGGUCCUUACUCAAUCUAGAAAUGCAAUCGCUUAUUUUAAGAAAUCGUGUAUUUUAUUGGAGCGGUUUUGCUCGCCUUGCCAGGAUCGAAUGUGUUCGUGGUUUUUGACGGGAGCAAGAAAAUGUUGCGGGCAGUGGCCCUCCCAAGUUACCAGAGUAGGGGCUGGUCAAAGCAGCGUGGGUCUAGAGCCUGCAACCUUCGUCCAAGAGACAGAGAACAAAAUGCAAAAAUGCACUGCGGAAAGGUUGAAUAUGGCGUGUACAUAAAGUAUCGUAAGUUCUGUUUUGUACUUAUUUUUUUUAUUUUAUAAUCUUUUUUUUAUUAUGUUCAUGAAAGUUUAUAUUAUAUAUAUAUUCUCGUUUUUAAUGUACACUUGCCCUGGGGAAAAUUUGAAUGUUUGAUUUUUGUAAAGAAUGUCGGUUAUUUGAUGAUAUUUUCGCGGGAAGAUGAAUACAUCACUCCUGUAUUUAAAGGUGUUGUGUUUGUUUUGGAAACACUGAUGGGACCAAAGGUAAAUUUCACUGAGAAGAAAGAUAUUCCUUAAGGGUUAUUCUUAUGAGUAGGUGAACUGUAUCUCUGAGUUGAUUUCAGAUGUUAUGUACGUCAUUUCACCAUUUGAAUCACGAGCACGUCCAUGUAAAGCAGGGGUGGGCAAUGCUGGUCCUAGCGGGCCGGUGUGUGUGCAGGUUUUUGAUUCCACUAAUUAGCCUGGCUAAAUAAGCUAACUGGCUGUGCACACCAACACUGGCUCACUCAGUAGAUUAUAUCACAGUAAAACAUUGCAUAUAGGAACACAAGAACAGGCUUCAGCUGUCAUUCAUGCACAAGAAAUGUAGCUAAAAGGUCAGAUGGUGUAAAUGUUAAGGCUAAUUAAGCAAUUAAGGCCAGAAGUUGGCAUGAGAAACAGAAACAGAUAUGGCCCUCGUUGCCCACCUCUGACGUAAAGGAUGCCUUCACAGCAGUGAAUUUAACUCCAGUCUCAAUAUGUGCAGUGCAUUAUGGGCCCUCAACUGUCUUAUUGGCGUCGCCUAUUCAUGGCCACCCAUUCACAUUAAUCCACGUUUAUUUAUUUUUUACCAUGGUACUGUUAGCAUCUUACUGAGCACCCCGUGACAGUUGGUUUCUGAAUGUCUGUUAGUGCAUUAAUACUGGCUUUGUGUCCGCUCCUAUGGAAAGGCAUAUUCUUUUAAAAUACUGGAGUGUCCGUACUGUAGAUGUCAUCAACUUCUACGUAAAGGUGCAUUGUGGGAAACCAGACAUCUCCUAAGCCUGUUACCACAGAGCAUCUGAGUGUAAACAUGAAGGCAUUUUCCUUUUUAUUAUAUUUCCUCUUUAGUUUGCCAACGGUAGUUGACACAUGUCACUCCCAAUGAUUUCGUAUGAAUGAAUUGCUAGACUAGCUAGUAUGCUUGUGAUGCUUGAUGUUUGACUGAUGUUUGAAAUUCAUGUUCACGACCUUCAUGUACCCUGUUUUUGGCCAAGAGUUUACACUGGUAGACUGAGGAGAUGAGCUGGUCUAUGUAUCUGCUGCAGAAACUGGUCCCAAAAAAUGUAUUUUUCCUUCAUCGUGGACUAAAUAUAUCUAUUUAUGAGGAAAACUAUAAGCGUAAUGAAAGUGCAAAUAUACUUGAUAAGGGAGGGCAUUUAAAGUAUGCCUUUUACAGAAAUAUACACUGGGAAUGCAGUGAAUAAUUCAGAUAUGCAGUAACUAAUUUUAGACAAGAGAUUUCUACCAAACAAAUCUUAUUGAAUUAUAUAUACAUGUAGAUUUAUUCCAGUGUAAAGAAGUAUUCACAUUUCACACAGCAACAAAGAAUCUGGAAACUGGUAUUUUUCAUGUGUGUGAAAUCAAAAUACAAAAUAAGCCAUUGCACAAAAAACAUGGCAUGUUUUUUCUUGCUUUUUUAUCUGUGUAUGAGGCCUUAGCAUUCUGCUUUCAGACAAAUGUGAAAAGAAUUAGUUCCAUCUCCAUCAUCCUGUAAGUGUUUGACCGUUGAUCUUUAACAAUUCAGAUGAUGUAUUAAUUGGAUUAGAUUGGUCAACUUGCUGUUUGAUCUUAAAUUUGAAUAACAUAUUUGGCAAGUGUUUAUUAUUUUCUCCCUUUACUUAUUACUGUGACUAUUCAACAUCAUGUUUAACUAAUGCAAGAAAACUUUUUCUAAAUAACUGAAGCAUAAUUUGUUUAAAUUGGUUAUUCAAAGUUAUGGAAAAUAUUACAUUAUGUUUGAAUUCAGGCCUUUUUAAUGCCUUGUGUCUCUCUGUGUCAUGUCAUCCUCCAUUUUGUUUUACAGGAAAAGUCUUUCAUCAGGAGAGAUGACUACUCAUUUGAGAGUUCUGGUUUGUCAACGGGUUACUCAAUUCUCAGGCCUUGCUUUGGAUGAAAUACUACUGUAGACGGAUGUCAAUAAACAAUCACUUUGUAACACA